AUGGACAAGAUCCAGGACGUGACGCGCUUCCUGUUGGCGGCUGGGGGGUCUCCCUCUGCCGACGGCAAAUCAACCCAUCUGUUUUACGAAGAGAAAAACGCCUUGUACAUGGAGACAUGGACGAACACUGAGCUUUCCGACCGGGUGCAGGUUGUUGCCGGUGUCAGGACCGGCACAUCCGCACCAUGUUUCACGGAAACAUUGCGAGCUGAGGAUGAAGACGACGAUGAAGACGACGAAGAGGAAGAAGAACUCUGGGAAAACGAAGAGUUAGACGACGUGACCGUUGCUCUUCACCAGAAAAGCCAACUUGCCGUCUCCUGCGGUGACAGCGCAAUCGUAGUCUUUUAUCAAAAACCAGAUGGCACGCUGGGCGCUAUUGAAGAUGACGGCGACGGAUGGAAGGUCGCUGAGCUCCCAAGUUCAGAAGCCUUUCCAGGAACCGCCCUGGCCAGUUUCCAAGCCGAAGACGCUGCAUACUUUGUCUAUGUUGGGGCCGAAGGAGCUCUUCGUUUUAUGGAGCAUAGCAAUAACGAAUGGAAAGAUUUAUCCUUUUCGAGUGUCAAAGUAGAUGGAGCUACCGCCAGACUAUCCGUUGCCGAAGACGAACAAGCGGAGAGUAGCCCAAAGCUCUUGGUCUUCUCUCUUGCAGAUAACAAACUGUCUACGAUUAAACUAGGGAGCACAGAAGCAGAGAUCUUGGGGACGGUGAGAGACAGAGAAUUCAAGCCAGUAUCUGAUCAGGAGUGCGGGGCGGCAUUGGGGGAAUACCUGUACUUGGGCACAGCUCCUUUCCGCCGGAGAGCUUUUGCGAGAAACACUUGUCAGGAAUACGGCGAGGAUGAAGAGUCUUGCGAGGACGAGCCAGCUGUUUCUGUGAUCGUGGCUCCCUUCCAGGCCCUGGCUUUUGAUCCUUACUACGGGCCUUAUGAUGCUUUUCGCUCUCAUGAUCCCUUUCGCCCUUACGAUGCUUUCCGUUCUUUCGAUCCCUAUGAUCCUUUCUACUCGGACUUUCAUCAUAUGAACAUGAGGGAUGAGCCUGAGUAUUACCAGGCCCGUUAUCCACUCCGAUAUGCCCCCCCUGCCCCCCCUCCCCCUCCCCCUUAUCAAGCUCCUCCUCACCAGAGGCAACCUGAAAAUGAGAGAGGUGAGGAACAACUUGAGCAAACUUCUUUCCGGAGACCUGCCCAGCGACGUGAGAUGAGAGCUGAUCCACGCUUUGUGGAUCAACGAACUCUUUCUCAAGAUAACAUUGGAUACCCACCUAAUUCUGAGGAGCAUUUGCGAUAUCAAGUUGAUCCUCAGGAGAAUUCGAGACGCCAGCUGAAUCCUGAAGAGAAUGCACGAUUCUUUCCAGAUCCCCAGGAAAGCAUGCGAUAUCAACCUCAUACGUGGGAGAAUUCGAGACACCAAAAUAAUCCUCUGGAGUCUUCGCACAUAUACCAGAUUCCCGCCCGUCAGACUGCGCGAGAGGACCCGCCUCCUCCGCAGGAAACCUCGCGGCAACAUCCACCGCCUCCCCCUCUCCCACCCAAGGUUGAAGCGGAAUCUGUUGCUCCUAAGGUCGAAGAAGAGUCCGAAGAAGAAUACGAACCUGUUCUCGACCCUCCUCAUCCUCCUCUACCCAAAGUUGAGUCUGAAGAGGAAUCUGAUGACGAAAACGAACCCAUGCAUGAUAUACCUCCUCAAACAGAACCUCGGCCUGAUCCACGAGAAGAAUUUCGAGAAAUUCUUCGAAUAGACCAUGAGCGCACUGUCAAAGCUCUUCGAGAAGAGCAUGAGCGUGCUCUCCGAGCAGAACGUGAGCGUAGCGAACGUGAACGUGGUAAUCUCCAGUCAGAACAUGAGCGCGCUCUCCGAGCAGAACGCGAACGUGCUCUUGAAGCAGAUCUUGGGCGUUUUGCUCAGGCAGAGCGUGAGCGUGAAGCUGCUGACGCAGAACGUGAACGUGAACGUGUUAGUCAAGAAGAACGCGAGCGCGCCGUCCAAGAAGAACAUGAGCGUAUUCUUCGAGAGAACCGUGAGCGUGAAGCUGGUGAAGCUGAACGGGAACGCGCCCGCGAGCGUAUUUUUCGAGAAAGUCGUGAAGCUUUUGAGGCAGAGCGUGAGCGUGAGCGUCAAGCACAUUUUGAACGUUUUGUUCGAGAAGAGCGUGAGCGUCAAGCUGAAGAGGCGGAGCGAGAACGUGAACGUCAAGCUGAAGAGGCAGAGCGAGAACGUGCUCGUCAAGCAGAACGUGAGAAUAUUUUUCGAGAAAGCCGUGAAGCUGUUGAGGCAGAGCGUGAACGUGCUCGUCGAGCAGAAUAUGAGCGUAUGCGAGAAGAAUUCAUCGAGCGUGAACGUCAACGAGCAGAAUUUGAGCGUUUUGUUCAAGAAGAACGUGAGCGUCAAGCUGAAGAGGCAGAGCGUGAACGUGCUCAACAAGCAGACCAGGAACGUGCUCGUCAAGCAGGACAGGAUCGCGCUCGUCAACCUCGUCCCUAUGAUUAUAUGAAUCCAACCCCGGGCUCUGGAGAUCAGCAUCGACCUCGUCGAUACGACCGCCGAUCUGAUCGCCGACCUGGCGUCGGAAUAGGAUUUGGUGUUUACGUUUACAUCGACAAGCAUCGAUGCAAGUGCUGCCAUCGCCGCUUCAAGAAGACGCGCGGCGUGUGGAUGAAGAGAUGUCGCUGUCCAGAACAGUGCACCACCUGCGGCCGCAGUUACAAGAGAAACGCACGAGAUGAGUGGGCUAAGAGAUGUCGUUGUCCAGAACAGUAUGAUCCUACGAGGAGGUGA